AUAGGGAUUGAAUAACGCAAAAAGCAGAUCCGAAAUACAAAAGUAAUUAGAGUCCGACUUUAUUCAUACGCUGCCAUCUUCACAAAAGGAUUGAAAAAAGUCCAUAAAUCACGAUCAAGGGGAACAAAGAGAGAAGUGAGGAUCAAGCCCACGGAUUUCAUAAGGGAGUCAAUACAGCGGAUAACUCUCGCAGUUGCUAAGCGCGAUCGUCCAUGUCCCGGUGAUCGAUUCCAGACCUGUCUUUGAAUCCAACUCCAUCCGCUUGUUAGUGACAGACUGUAGGAGCUAAUAAAAGAUGACACCCAGAGUUUCCUCACUAAAUGCCUUGACUUCACUUACUGUGGCCUUGACAGUAAUCAUCCCAUGGGCUUUCUUAUUACUACUGCUGACCCCACCAAGCUUUGCCUUGACCUCGGAACCUCACCAUUAUCAUGACUACUGCAUUGUUGGAGCUGGUCCUGCUGGCUUACAGCUCGGCUUUUUCUUAAAAAGAGCAGGCAGAGACUAUAUAGUCUUCGAAAGGUCAAAUACUACAGGUCAGUUUUUCAUUGAUUAUCCGCGGCAUCGGAAGCUGAUCAGCAUCAACAAACGCCACACUGGAAAGACAAACAAAGAAUUCAACCUUCGACAUGACUGGAACUCAUUAUUAUCAGAUGAUGAAUCACUUUUGUUCAGGCACUACUCCAAAGAAAUGUUCCCACAUGCAGAUCAGCUGCUGCGCUACCUUCGUGACUAUCAGCAACGCCUUGGCAUUAAAGUGCAAUUCAGCACUGAAAUUAGCAAUAUUCACAGUCUUCCUGAUGAUACAAUGCCUGAUGGUGUGUUAUACUACAUGAAUGAUCAACUUAAUAACUCCUAUUCAUGCAAAGUCCUGAUAAUUGCAACUGGCAUGGGAAAACCCAAUAUUCCAGACAUGAAGGGUAUUGAAUAUGCUGAGGGAUAUGAAAGCCUGUCCCUACAUCCAGAAGACUACGAGGGGAAAAGUGUCCUGGUAUUGGGCCGAGGCAAUUCAGCCUUUGAGGUGGCAGAUGGAAUUUAUGGUGUGACAAAUUUAAUCCAUAUGGUGGCACGCUCUCGUGUUAGAUUAUCAUGGGAGACACAUUAUGUUGGAGAUCUAAGGGGAGUUAAUAAUGCACUGCUCGACACAUAUCAGCUAAAAUCUUUGGAUGGACUUCUUGAAGCUGAUUUAACUGAGGUCCAGCUGGCGAAAAGGGAUGGCAAAGUGUUUAUUGAACCACUUGUUGAGAAUAUGAGUGAAUUCCAGAAAAUUUUUGGUGACAAUUUUGCACUACGUGAGCCAUAUGAUAAAGUCCUUCGUUGCCUAGGUUUCUCCUUUGACUCCAGUCUGUUUCAAAAUAAAUCACUAGCACGCCGUAGUGGGCGCUUGAAGAAGUUCCCCGCCAUCAAUUACAACUAUGAGUCAAGCUCUCACCCAGGGGUGUUUUUUGCGGGUACGACUACACAUUCACUUGACUUCAGAAAAUCAGCAGGAGGCUUUAUCCAUGGAUUUAGAUAUGCAAUCCGAGCACUACAUCGACUCCUAGAAUGGAGAUAUGAGAACGUUCCGUGGCCUAGUCAACCCAUUCCUACAGCACAUCUUAUGAACCAUCUGCUUAAACGCAUGAACGAGGCAUCAGGUCUUUACCAAAUGUUCCAGAUGCUUGGGGAUGUGAUUGUUUUCUCCGAGGAUGGUGAAAGUGUGCAUUACUUUGAAGAGUUCCCAAUCAACAUGCUCCAUGAGUUCACCAACAGCACUGGGUUCCCAGUCAAGCAGGUGCUGGUCCUGGUCAUGGAGUAUGGCUCAGAGUUUUCUGGUCCAGGCAAAGACAUCUUUCGAUAUGAUCGCGCAACAGGAGAUCCCGGUGAUGCUCACAACUCCAACUUUCUUCAUCCUGUGCUAUACUAUUAUGACACAGUUCCUACAAAGAUGCAAAUGAAAACAAAAGGAAAGCAAGAGACUCUUCCUCGUCCAGCAGCCAUGCAUCACAUUGUUGAGGAUUUCCUGACAUUGUGGGACAGACCAUUUUCACACAUCAUGCCCUUGCGCCAUUUCCUGGAUCAUAUUACAAAGACAGACCUGCGAGACCGCUUCUCUCAAGCAUGUUUCUUUGAGGCCAUGACCCAUGAUAGUGUGGGUCUGCUCUGCAAGCAAAGGUAUUUGAUGGGCCAGGGGCUGUCAGCUACUCCUGAGAUGAUAGUCGAAACUGACGUUGAGGGGCUUUGGCCAAAGUAAAUAUCUGUCUUAGGAGUGGGCUAAACAAAGCAAAAGUUUUUAAACAGCAGGAGGCAGCUGCUUAUUAAAAACGAAGAUGAAGGAAAGGCCAAAACUGACAUUUUCUUGUCAUGUUCUCUGAUCUAUCCUGAGUUGUAAGGCCUGUUUGCUUAUCAGACCCUUGCUGAUUCAGAUUGUAUUACAGGUGAUCCUGCAGUGAGAUGGUUAAGAGAUCCCAAGCAUGUUUUACGUACCACAUUAUCUCCCUUUGUGUUCUCAAUCCACCCCUAGAAAUGAAAAAGUUCUGAUUUUCCAAGAUUGUACUUGGCAGCACUGAUAUCGUUGCAGCCUGACAUAGUCUGCAUUUAACUUUUUACUUUCACCAUUUGUUUUGUUUCGGACUGUUUAUAAAUUAUUGCCUUCUAAGGAAAAUGCAAAGUUUUAAUAAAUGGUAAAUAUAAAUUAUUUUGGGGGCUGACUUUUAACCCAGAAGCUACAAUACCAUCAUGGAUACCGCUUUCAAAACCUGUCUUUCAGGAAUAGCAUGGUCUAUGCACAGUUGUGUACGGACAGAAAUAUACACUUCUCUUUGGAAAUAUUGAAUAAUUGGUCUCAUUUUUUCCAGAUUUUUGCUUUUAAAAAAACUAAAACAAAGUGAGGCUGGUUUUAUUUAUUUGUUGAAGAAAGGGAAGAAGAAUUGUCUUCACUUGUUAAUAUUUUACACAGCUGAAAACUUGAACUCCCUUUUUGGGUAGCUGUUCUGCUCUUAGUAUGUUGUGUGCAUGGUUUGUUUUAAAGCAUAAUAGGAUUCAUAAGUGCACAAAGUGUUGGAUCCUUUUAGAUGCUAAAUUAUGUUUAUAACAUUAGUUAACAAGUCAUUUUGAAAUGUCUUCCAUCAAUAAAAUUUUGCAUCUGUUUUAUGUAGUGAAAUUUUUAUUCAUAUUUCUCUUAUCUAGUUUGCUAUUUUAAUACCGUGUCAAAUUCUUUUGCUUACUCCUGUGAACUUGGUUUGUGCAUGGAAGCUUUCAGUUAGCAGGAUUUAUUAGUAGAAUCGUUUUGAUUCUUUCAUUAUUGUAGAUUUAUAAAAUGCAUUUUGUCUUUAUUUUUGCAAUAUAAUACUCCAUCUGUGAUGUGGCAUCUAGAAUUGUACAAGCGACGAUUACAGUGUAGUCAAGGCAUAUUAUCACACAUCAGCUUUUUAUGUUAAAACGUACACUAUCAAAUGUGAUUACAGGCUGAAUAGUAAUUUCACAGCCUUAUGAUUGAUCAGGUGAUUGCUGUUUGGGGUAUAUGAACAAAAUCUCUUAUUUCCAGUUAGGCUGCAGAUAAAGUGUCAAAAAUUCUUGUGUUACCUGCAUAGUGAAUAGUAGAUUCUCGUUUUGAGUAGGAUAACAAUUUCUAAAUUAAGGCAUUGCAAAGUGUUUGAAAAAUUCAUCAGCUGUUCUUCCAAAGUUGCAAUUACAUGCUUCGCGAUAGGAAACAUUUCUAGAAAUACACGUUUACAUAGUUCAUUGUUUUUGUUGUUUUUUUGUUUGUUUGUUUGUUUUUAAUUUUAUUUUUAUUUUAUUUAUUUUUUUUUUUUUUGCUUUGUUUUGUUAAGCUUUGUUUACAGAAUGCUGAAAGAUGGACAGAAAUAGAUCAGUACUUGACAAAUUUGAAAUUGUUUAUUCAUCCUGUGCUUGCCUGCUUACAUUCUUCCUCCCGCGCAUGCGCGUGAGAAAGAGGGAGAGAUAGUCAAGCGCUCAUACAUGCUGCGUUCAUUUCCGCAAUACACAUUAUAUAGUGUCUUUGGGCGAUCCGUUGUGUUGAGCUCUGGCACAGGUUUGAAAAUAAAGGUCUAUUUUUCCUAC